UUGUUAUAUGUUUUCAGAAACCCUUACAACCCCUAGAAUUUUUCUCUGAAGUUUCAACAAGUAGAUUGUUAGGGUUUUUCUUUCAAGAGUGAAACUUAGUUUGGAGUAUCGUGAAACUUUACAAACCCUAAAAUUUCUCUCUGAAGCUUCGACAAUGUCCGUGGACGCCCAAAACGAUGGUCUCAAGAAGCUCGAGUACCUUUCUCUGGUUUCGAAGGUUUGCACGGAGCUGGAAACUCAUCUCGGGGUCGGGGACAAGGUUUUGGCGGAAUUCAUCACCGACAUGGGUCGAAAGUGCGAAACUGUUGAUGAAUUCGAUUCCAAAUUGAAGGAGAAUGGCGCGGAAAUGCCGGAUUACUUUGUGAGGACUCUGUUAACUAUAAUUCAUGCCAUUCUUCCGCCGAAGCCCAAGUCGGAUGAUAAGGGAAUGAAGAAGGAUGGCGGUGAUGGUAAGAAAUCGAAGUUUCCGGCGUUAGGGAUCGGGGACAGUAAGGAGAGAGUGAAGGAACUUGAGCGAGAGAUUGAAAUGGAAAGCCGGGAUCGGCGCCGACAGGAGGAAGAAGCGAAGCACAGGGAUGAAAGAAAUAGAGAUAGGACGGAGACAGAUAGAAGAGAGAGGCAUAGGGAGAGAAAUGAUAGGAGUGAGAGGCAUAGGGAAAGAGAUGAUAGGAAUGAGAGGCAUAGGGAGAGAGAUGAUAGAAGUGAGAGGCAUAGGGAGAGAGAUGAUAGGAGUGAGAGGCAUAGGGAGAGAGAUGAUGGGAGUGAGAGGGGUACAGGGAGGGCAGAUGAUGAUUAUGAUGAUAACAAUGAUUACAGGGGUCGUGGAAGGCACCGGGAUCGAUAUGAGAAGCAUAGGAGAGAUGGGUAUGAAGAGAAUGGUGAUAAUAGGGAGGGUGGUGAAGAUGGGGGGGAUAGGAGGAGCGAUAGGGAUAGGAGAAACGGAAGGUAUCACUCAGAUGAGCCGGAAUUGUAUAACGUAUAUAAGGGGAGGGUUUCAAGAGUGAUGGACACUGGUUGCUUUGUGCAGCUGAAUGAUUUGAAGGGGAAAGAGGGUUUGGUGCAUGUUUCUCAGAUUGCGACUCGAAGGGUGGGUAAUGCAAAAGAUGUGGUGAAGAGGGAUCAGGAGGUUUAUGUUAAGGUGAUCUCUGUUUCGGGUCAGAAGCUGAGUCUUUCUAUGAGGGAUGUUGAUCAGAAUACUGGGAGAGAUUUGAUUCCUUUGAAAAAGAGCUCGGAGGAUGAUGCUUUGAGAACGAACCCUUCAGGUUCAAACCAGGGGCCUGUGAGUAGGACUGGUCUUUCAGGAAUAAGGAUUGUAGAAGAGAAUGAUGCUGCCCCAUCAAGGCGGCCAUUGAAACGGAUGAGUUCUCCAGAGAAAUGGGAAGCAAAACAGUUGAUUGCUUCAGGGGUUCUGGAUAUUAGGGAGUUUCCUAUGUAUGAUGACGAAGGAGAUGGCAUGCUUUAUCAAGAAGAGGGUGCUGAGGAGGAGCUUGAGAUUGAGAUAAAUGAAGAUGAACCGGCCUUUUUGCAAGGGCAGAGUCGAUACUCUAUGGACAUGUCUCCUGUGAAGAUCUUCAAGAAUCCAGAGGGGUCCUUGAGUCGAGCUGCUGCCCUUCAGUCAGCUCUCAUAAAGGAACGAAGAGAAGUACGGGAACAGCAGCAGAGAACAAUGCUUGAUUCUAUUCCUAAAGAUCUCAAUCGUCCCUGGGAAGACCCAAUGCCUGAGACAGGUGAGAGGCAUCUUGCUCAGGAGCUGAGGGGUGUUGGUCUAUCAGCCUAUGAUAUGCCUGAAUGGAAGAAGGAUGCUUUUGGAAAAGCCCUGACUUUUGGCCAAAGAUCAAAACUCUCCAUCCAGGAGCAGAGACAAAGCUUGCCUAUCUACAAGUUGAAGAAGGAACUUGUUCAGGCUGUGCAUGAUAAUCAGGUUCUUGUAGUCAUUGGUGAGACUGGUUCUGGCAAGACAACACAAGUAACACAGUAUCUAGCUGAAGCAGGUUACACUACCAGGGGAAAGAUUGGAUGUACCCAACCCCGUAGAGUGGCUGCAAUGUCUGUGGCAAAGAGGGUUGCUGAAGAGUUUGGUUGUCGUAUAGGAGAGGAAGUUGGGUAUGCUAUUCGGUUUGAGGAUUGUACUGGACCAGAUACUGUCAUCAAGUACAUGACUGAUGGCAUGCUUCUCAGGGAGAUUCUGAUUGAUGACAAUCUUUCUCAAUAUUCUGUAAUCAUGCUUGAUGAAGCUCACGAGAGGACAAUCUACACUGAUGUCCUUUUUGGAUUGCUGAAGCAACUUGUGAAACGGAGACCUGAUCUUCGCUUGAUUGUCACAUCUGCCACAUUGGAUGCAGAGAAAUUUUCAGGGUAUUUCUUCAACUGCAACAUCUUUACCAUCCCUGGAAGAACUUUUCCUGUGGAGAUACUCUACACCAAACAACCUGAAAGCGAUUACCUAGAUGCAUCUUUGAUUACUGUCCUCCAAAUUCAUUUGACAGAACCAGAAGGAGACAUCCUCCUCUUCUUGACUGGUCAGGAGGAGAUUGAUCAUGCAUGCCAGUCUCUUCACGAGAGGAUGAAAGGGCUAGGUAAAAAUGUUCCUGAACUCAUUAUUUUACCAGUCUAUAGUGCCCUUCCUAGUGAAAUGCAGUCGAGGAUUUUUGACCCUGCUCCUCCAGGGAAGAGGAAAGUGGUUGUGGCUACCAACAUUGCUGAGGCUUCUUUAACCAUUGAUGGUAUCUUUUAUGUCAUUGAUCCUGGUUUUGCGAAGCAAAAUGUCUACAACCCCAAACAAGGGCUUGAUUCAUUGGUCAUAACACCUAUUUCACAAGCAUCAGCCAAACAACGAGCUGGGCGUGCUGGACGUACAGGACCUGGAAAAUGCUAUCGCCUUUACACUGAGAGUGCUUAUAGGAAUGAGAUAUCCCCAACCUCAAUUCCAGAGAUACAAAGGAUAAAUCUUGGGGUUACUACGCUUAUGAUGAAAGCAAUGGGGAUAAAUGAUCUUCUGUCUUUUGAUUUUAUGGAUCCACCUUCGCCUCAAGCUCUUAUUUCUGCCAUGGAACAGCUGUACAGUCUUGGAGCUCUAGAUGAGGAGGGGCUUCUGACCAAAUUGGGCAGGAAAAUGGCAGAAUUUCCACUGGAACCUCCAUUAUCUAAGAUGCUACUUGCCAGUGUGGACCUUGGGUGCAGUGAUGAGAUUUUGACAAUCAUUGCAAUGAUUCAGACAGGGAACAUCUUCUACAGGCCCAGGGAAAAGCAAGCUCAGGCUGAUCAAAAGAGGGCCAAGUUUUUUCAGCCAGAAGGAGACCAUCUAACUUUGCUUGCUGUUUAUGAGGCUUGGAAGGCAAAGAAUUUUUCCGGACCGUGGUGUUUUGAGAACUUUGUUCAGUCUCGAUCCUUGAGGAGGGCACAAGAUGUGAGAAAACAACUUCUCACCAUCAUGGACAAGUAUAAAUUGGAUGUUGUUAGUGCUGGGAAAAAUUUCACGAAGAUAAGGAAGGCAAUUACAGCGGGUUUCUUUUUCCAUGCAGCAAGAAAGGACCCACAGGAGGGUUAUAGAACCCUAGUUGAGAACCAGCCAGUUUAUAUUCACCCAAGCAGUGCUCUUUUCCAGAGACAGCCAGACUGGGUCAUCUACCAUGAAUUGGUAAUGACUACAAAGGAGUACAUGCGAGAGGUUACAGUUGUAGACCCCAAAUGGCUUGUGGAAUUGGCACCAAGAUUCUUCAAUGUGGCAGAUCCCACAAAAAUGAGCAAACGGAAGCGUCAAGAGCGUAUUGAACCACUUUAUGACAGAUAUCAUGAACCUAACUCUUGGCGUUUGAGUAAACGUCGUGCUUGAUUCCGUUUUCAUUUUAUUUUAAAAAUGGAAUUCAAUUAAUUGAAGUUUUUGCCAAAAAGGAAAUUUUGAAAAUGUCACAGAAAUUUUCUCUUGAAACUAAAUAUGACUUGCUUCAACCUUCAAAAAGGUUUAUCUGCACAGAACAUAUUGUGAGUCUUAACAUGAAGGGAUGGAAAAUCCUAUGGACAUUCUUUUGCAAUCAUUUGUUGGGAAAAGUACGCAAACUGGUCCUUGCCCACCUAGGCAUGUCAAUAACAAAGAAUUUGUUCUGCAGGAUUUAUUAAAGUAUUCAAAGAUAGGUCAUUUGUAUUUCCUUAGCAAAAGAGCACCUAUCUUCUGGCCUGAUGAGCUGCCUGAGUAUAUUCUUGUUUACCUGACUAGUGGAUGAAGUGGAGAGACUUUAUGAGCAUGCUUCCCUGGGGAUGUUGAUUGAACGUGCAAAAACCUCCUUCAUUGUAUGGCAUUCUAUUACUGUCAUGGACAAUUAACGAGAACCAAGAUCCACAGAGACUAUGUUACAGCUUACUUGGCUCCCAGCAGUUAUUUUGAUGUAGCAUAGGAGAUGUUAUCAGAACUCCUUACAAGGAAAAGCUUCAGAAGCUGAUGGAACUUGAUAGUUGGUCAUGAUCCUGUUGGGUCGGAAUCUCUUGGCCCCCUUGGAUUAUUAUUAUUAUUAUUAUUCCUAUUCCUUUUCACAAUUUAUGUAGAUUAUGAGUAUGUUUUGCAGUGGUUCUAGUUUUUCUAAUACUUGAAAGAUAGAAAGUUUCAAGUGUUAGAAAGGUUACAAACACUUUCUAGAAUCACUGCCAGACAUGCUUUUAGUUGUUCAAGCAUACGGAUUCUUUCUUGUGUUAUUUUUUGUAUGCUCAGCAGUUUGUGAAUGUCACUAUCUUAAUCCUUAAAGGAACCUCCUGGUUUGGAUUUAUCAAGAUGUGGCCAUCAAUGCCCAGUUCUGCAUUUCUAGUUCUCAACAGGUACGAUGUAUGAAAAAGAAAAAUAUUCAAUUUCAGAUUGAUGUCUAUUUGCUCUUUAAGGUUGAA